ACCAUUUCGAACAUUUCUUGAAGCACUGCAGUGAUACAAAGUAUAUUUACACAACACAGCGACAAUUAUUGAGUGUUUAGCGAUUUCGCAAACAUGGACGAAAAAACUCUUCUACCGACGACAACACCAACCAUCACCAUAUCACCACCUACUCCAUCCAACCCCAACAGCAGCAACCAAAAUGGCCGCGAUAAACACGCCCUCCGUCGCUUCCUCGUCGCCGUCUGCCUGAUGGUAAUGGUAUGGACCCUGUGCGGGCUCGACAUGGACCUCGACGACAACGACGUCCUAUCGGAAUGGUCGCUCGAGCAAAUGCCGAUAUCGACUAUCGACACCUUUACCGUACCAAUCACCGAUAUCGACGUUGGCGGUGACGCUGACCACGAACCGGUCCCCCUUGAGGCGCAUAUCAUGAGCAAAUGCCCCGACGCGCGAGACUGUUUCCGGGAGUUGGUACUGCCUGCUAUGCAGAGGGUGCAUACCAAGGUCAACUUUACCUUGUCGUUCAUCGGAACACCGACCAACGGCGAUGAUGGAGUUGCUUGCAAGCACGGUCCAGAAGAAUGCCUUGGAAACAUCAUUGAGCUUUGCGCCCAGAAGCUGUACCCCGAUCCCAAGAUCUUCCUUGGUUUCACCAUGUGUUUGGCCAAGAACUACCAUGAGAUUCCUCAGCGGAGCUUGAUCGAAGACUGUGCGCUCGAGCACGCCAUCGACUUUGAUCAGCUCAACCAAUGUGCUACCAAGGACGACGGUGCCUUGGGUAUCGGUUUGCUGAGGGACAGCGUCAAGAGAAGCGCCGAUGCCGGCGUAACCAAGAGCUGCACCGUCCGCCUUGACAACGAGAUCUUUUGCAUCCGCGACAGUGGCAAGUGGUCUGACUGCCCUCACGGCUCCAGCGUUAACGACUUAGUCCUGGCGGUAGAGAAGCUGUACGGACGUGAGGUUUAGAGCACCUGCCUUAUAUAGUCACCGUGAUUUACUUUUUUAGUUUCUCCCCCUCCUCUUUUUGCUGCUGCUACUCCUUCUCCUUCUUCUUCAACGGCCCAAAAACAUCCUUCCACAAAUCACUCUCUUCCCCAAGCGUAUAGCACAUAGUCAACUCCUCCAUCCCCGCCUCCCCAUCCCCCUCCAUGACCUCCAACGUCUCAAUAAUGCUAUCCAAUCCCACCGCUUUGCCCACCGCCUGCGUCGCCCCCGCCUCCAACUGCACAUGCACAAUGUGAAUGUGAAAGUGGUAAUACGUAGGCUGGUAAUGCACAUAAAGCUUCAGCUGGUCCUCCUCAAUCUGCGGGUACACCAUGGUCGUGGCCUCGACAAACUUCCUCUUCAUGUGCCUCAAAAACGGCACAUGCUUCUUCUUGAGGUCCCUUAAGCUCCAGAGAUCCCUCCGUUCCACCAGCCCCAACAGGUGCAGCGCGUCCAGCGUCUUGCGAUCCCAGUUCAGAUCCGGCAGCAACAAAAACCCUUCGUUGUCCGCGUCUUGGCCAAAGGGCGUGCGGUAGAUGACGUCCUCGACUUCCUUGCGGCCCUCGAUAAUGUUGAAAACCCAAUUCAGCCGGCCGGCUUCGCGCUGUGCUUGCAUAUAGGGACGCACGUGCGACUGGUAGAGGGCGGGCGUCUCGGUUACGUAGCGGACUAGUUGGCGGGAGUACUUGGCGAUGUGUUUGGGCGUGCAGGGGUAGAUUAGGUUGAUUUUGAGGUCGGAGAAAUCGUCGGCUUGUUCGUUGUCGUUGUCGUUGUCGUCGUUGUUU